CAGAGGAACCGAGUUUAUCAUUGGUUUCAUGGAAAACAAUGGGGUCUCUAUUGAUGUGGAGCUCUUUGUCACCACCUCCCGCACCACUACCGUCAGUGUAACAGUGGACUCCCCCAAAUGUACCAACCCCAGCAUCUCUGAGUCCUUCACCGUGACUGCAGGACAGGUUAAACAACUGUUCUUCAAUCCCAACAUCAGAAUGGCCGGAUCCACAAAGUCCAGUAAAGGCGUCCGGAUCAAGGCCUCGGACGAAGUAGUUAUAUACGGGGUCAACAAGGAGCGCUACUCUUGCGACGGCUUCGUCGGUCUACCAAUAGAUGUACUGUCUGACGAGUACUACCUGGUCACGUGGUACCCUCCUGUUUACCAGUGUGAAUUGUUGAUAGUGGGUGUUGAGGACUCUACUUCCGUCAGUAUAACAGUUAGUCAACACAUUGGGAGUACCUACAUUAACUAUGGUGGAAGUAGAUACUACAAAGGAAAUGUGGUGUCUGAAACACUCAACAAAUACGACACGUGGCAGCUGACCAGCAGUGGCGAUCUCACCGGAAGUUACGUAAAAUCAAACAAACUCGUGUCCGUCUUCUCCGGAAACAAAAAGACCAGGAUUGGUUCGGGUGGAUCUUCUGAUCACGUGGUUGAACAGAUGUUUCCCGUCAACACUUGGGGGAAAACCUUCGCUACAGUUCCCAUUCCCAAGCGAACCGUUGGAGAUUAUUUCAAGUUUAUAGCUAGCGAAAGCAACACUAGAGUAACGAUCUCUGGUGGAUACAGCUCAACAUUCACGAUAAGUAAUGCCGGAAACAUGGUCCAGAAGCUGAUUUCUUCCACGGCUUAUUGUAAAAUUGUUGCAGACAAACCCAUCAUGGUUGUCCAGUUCGUCCAAUCUCAGCGGAGCUCCUCGGAAAAGUCCGAUCCCGCCAUGUUGAUUAUCCCCCCUGUUGAACAAUAUGGUGCAGAUUACACGUUCAGUACGCCUAAAUACUCGCUAGGAUCCUACAACAACUACUUCAUGUUUAUAGUUGAAGAGAGCAAAGCAUCCGGACUAAGAAUCGACGGACAGACUUUUCCAUCGAACACAAACUACAACAAAAUCUCUGGAACCGACCUGGUGGGUGGCUAUAUCUCUGUCUCCGAGGGAACCCACACGGUCCGACACACCUCACCUAUCGCCAUCUUUGGUGGUUUCCUGUAUGGGCAGGCUAAUUAUGAAACGUAUGGAUUCACAACUGGUAUGCGAAUGGCCAAAGUCAACUCAAUUUGUAUUCCUACGCCGACUGUGACGGGUGACGGUAUUGACAAUGAUUGUGAUGGCAAGAUUGACGAGGAACUGUGUACUCCAGAAAACAAAAAUAAAGAUGAUGACGGCGAUGGAAAGAUUAACGAAGACUGUGCUAAACCUCCACCGGUUGACGGUAACUGGGCAAGUUGGACUUCCUAUGGUGCAUGCUCAGUGACAUGUCAACCAACUUCUGGCACGGUAACUGGAACUAAAACCCGAACCCGAAGCUGUUCCAAUCCGGCCCCUGCUUAUGAUGGAAAACAGUGUGACGGUUCCGGGACGCAAACCUCAUCUUGCUCGCCAACCAAUCCCUGUAGAGUUGACGGACAGUGGGGAUCCUGGGGGUCAUAUGGCGCAUGCUCUGUGACCUGUGGAAGUGGUUUGAAAUCCCGCGCAAGAUCUUGUAACAACCCUUCUCCAAUUGGAGGUGGAAGUUACUGUACCGGAAGUUCUACAUCAACUGCAACGUGUACAUUAUCUGCCUGUCCAAUUGAUGGUAAAUGGGGCUCAUGGGGAUCAUACGGAUCCUGUUCUAAAACUUGUGGUAGCGGAACACAAUCAAGAAGUCGCUCCUGCUCUAAUCCCGCCCCUCAACAUGGCGGGAGAUCUUGCUCUGGAUCUAGUUCAUCAUCUCAAUCUUGUAACACUCACAAUUGUCCAAUUGAUGGUAAUUGGGCAUCUUGGGGUUCAUACGGAGCAUGCUCCUUGACUUGUGGCGGCGGUGUCCAAUCACGAAGCAGAACGUGUACAAACCCCACCCCUCAGUAUCUAGGAAAGAACUGUGCUGGAUCUGGUACAUCUUCGCAAAGCUGUAACACACAUAACUGUCCAAUUGAUGGAUUCUGGGGCGGCUGGGGAUCUUGGGCUACCUGUACAGAGACGUGUGGAGGCGGAGUCCAAUCCCGAUCCCGAUCUUGUAGUAAUCCCACUCCACAAUAUGGCGGAGCUUAUUGUACUGGGUUCUCUUCCGACACUCAAAGAUGCAACACCCACAAUUGCCCAAUUAAUGGAGGCUGGGCAUCGUGGGGUUCCUGGGGAACAUGUACGGUGACUUGUGGUGGAGGUACACAGACACGUUCACGAAGCUGUUCUGACCCCGCCCCUCAAUAUGGCGGUCUGUCCUGUCCCAGUUCUUCCACAUCCAGUCAGUCCUGUAACACACAGAACUGUCCCAUUGAUGGCGGUUUCUCUAACUGGGGAUCCUGGGGUACCUGCACCGUAACUUGUGGUGGAGGAACACAGGUGCGCACGCGCAGCUGUUCUAAUCCUGCUCCACAAUAUGGCGGUGCACAGUGUUCAGGGGCGACAAGUCAGAAUCAAAACUGUAACACACAAGUCUGUAUCAUCGAUGGAGCCUGGAGUCAGUGGGGUGCCUGGGGAACCUGCUCUGUAUCUUGUGGUGGCGGGAAACGGUCACGUGCUCGCACCUGUACCGAUCCUAAACCAGCUAAUGGCGGUAAAAGCUGUACCGGUGAUUCUAGUAUGUUGGAGGAUUGUAAUAGUCAAUUCUGUCCCACUCAUGGUAAUUGGGCUAGUUGGACAUCUUACGGCGCAUGCUCAGUGACAUGUAAGCCAACAUCUCGUACGGUGACUGGAACUAAAACCCGAACCAGAAGCUGUUCCAAUCCGGCCCCUGCCUACGAUGGGAAACAGUGCGCUGGGUCAGGCACUCAAACAUCAUCGUGUUCGCCAACCAAUCCCUGCAGAGUUGACGGAAAGUGGGGAUCUUGGGGGUCAUAUGGCGCAUGCUCCGUCACCUGUGGAAGUGGUUCAAAAUCCCGUUCUAGAUCCUGUAACAACCCUGCCCCAGCAGGAGGCGGAAGUAACUGCCCUGGAAGCACUUCAUCGACUGCAACUUGCACAUUGUCUGCUUGUCCAAUUGACGGUAAAUGGGGCUCAUGGGGAUCAUAUGGGUCCUGUUCUAAAACUUGUGGUAGCGGAACACAAUCAAGAAGUCGCUCCUGCUCUAACCCCGCCCCUAGAUAUGGCGGAAGAUCUUGUUCUGGGUCUACCUCAUCGUCACGAAGUUGCAACACACACAAUUGUCCAAUUGACGGAAAGUGGGGGUCCUGGGGAUCGUAUGGCUCCUGUUCCUUGACCUGUGGUGGAGGCACACAAACCAGAAGCAGAAGCUGUAGCAACCCCGCCCCUCGAUAUGGCGGGAAAUCGUGUUCUUCAUCCGGAAGCUCAUCUCGCAGCUGUAACACACAUAAUUGUCCAAUUGACGGUAAGUGGGGAUCGUGGGGAUCUUAUGGGUCGUGCACUUUGACCUGUGGCGGAGGAAGACAAACCAGAAGUCGGUCCUGCUCUAACCCUGCCCCUCGAUAUGGCGGGAAGUCUUGCUCGGGGUCAACCACAUCUACACGAAACUGUAACACACAUAACUGUCCUAUUGAUGGUAAGUGGGCAUCUUGGGGUUCCUACCGCUCAUGCUCCUUAACCUGUGGUGGCGGUGUCCAAUCACGAAGCAGAACGUGUACAAACCCCGCCCCUCAGUUCUUAGGAAAGAACUGUGCUGGAUCUGGUACAUCCUCGCGAAGCUGCAACACACAUAACUGUCCAAUUGACGGUUUCUGGGGCGGCUGGGGAUCCUGGGCUACCUGUACAGAGACAUGUGGAGGCGGAGUCCAAUCACGAUCCCGAUCUUGUAGUAACCCCACUCCACAAUAUGGCGGAGCUUAUUGUACUGGGUUCUCUUCCGCUACUCAAAGGUGCAACACACAUAACUGCCCAAUACACGGAAGCUGGGCAUCGUGGGGAUCCUGGGGAACAUGUACGGUGACCUGUGGGGGAGGUACACAGAGGCGUUCACGAAGCUGUUCUAACCCCGCCCCUCAAUAUGGCGGUCUGUCCUGUCCCAGUUCUUCCUCAUCCAGUCAGUCUUGUAACACACAGAACUGUCCUAUUGAUGGUGGUUUCUCCAACUGGGGAUCCUGGGGCACCUGCACCGUAACUUGUGGUGGAGGAACACAGGUGCGCACGCGCAGCUGUUCUAAUCCUGCUCCACAAUAUGGCGGCGCACAGUGUACAGGGGCGACAAGUCAGAAUCAAAACUGUAACACACAAGUCUGUAUCAUCGAUGGAGCCUGGAGUCAGUGGGGCGCCUGGGGAACAUGUUCUGUGUCUUGUGGUGGCGGGAAACGGUCACGUGCUCGCACCUGUACCGAUCCUAAACCAGCUAAUGGCGGUAAAAGUUGUACCGGUGAUGCCAGUGUUUUGGAGGAUUGUAAUAGCCAAGCCUGUCCCACUCCAGCCGCCGGGGCCUAUGUACAGCUAUGUCCUACCGGAUGGUUUACCUGUCAAUCAGGUGGUAUAACUUGUAUUGACAAAACGUUCAUGUGUGACUGCGCCAACGACUGCGACGACGGAAGUGACGAAACAACCAGUUAUGCCGGAUGUUCUGGCGCAGUUAUAGCAAUGUGUGCAGAAAAUAGUUCUGGUACUCUGUUGAUGUCACCCCUUGCCUUCUUGGCCCUGCUGCUGGCCUUGGUUUACAACACCAAUUAUUAACUGUUCCCCGGAGC